CGUGCGGCAGCGAUGCCUGGGCGCUGUGAGCGCCGAAUUCCGUGCCCCUCUGCACUCCGCUUGUCCUCCGCAGUGCCAUGCUCCGGAUCCCGCUGCAUCCGACGCCACGGCCGCAACGCCGUCGCCGUGACAGCAGGGCGGCAUGCUGCACCCCCACGGCGCGCCAGAGACCAGACGAGAUGCGCCUCUGCUUGCUCUUCUGCGGGACCGCCCGGCUGUGGGUUACGUUGCAGCGCCGGGCUCCCAGCCGUGCUGCUGACGGAAGCGUCGCGCCUGGGAGCUGGGGUACCGAGGCGCGAGCCAUGCGCUGGGCUCUGGCGCUGCCCUGGCUGUGGUGCGGAGUCAGUGUGGCUUGCGUUAUUCCGAGGGUGCCUGAGCGCUGAGAACAGCAGGCAGCUGCUGCCGCAGCCCAAGUCCGCGACGAGCCGAGCUCGCAAGCACCCCGACG